AUGAAAAGAUUUUUGUUAAAUUUUUUUCUUGGUUUUAUUUAUUGUAAAAAUGCAUUCGAAUGGCGUUCAAGAUCAAUUUAUCAAAUACUAACUGAUCGAUUUUCUCCAGAAAAUUUUUCUUAUAUUCAAUGUAUGGAACAACCAAUGACAGAAUAUGCAUUAAGACAUUAUUGUGGUGGAACAUAUCGAGGUGCUAUUGAUCAAUUAGAUUAUAUUGUUCAAAUGGGUUUUAAUGCAUUAUGGAUUUCACCACUACCAUCAAAUAUUGAUAAAGAAACUAUUUAUGGAGUUGGUUGGCAUGGCUAUUGGCAAGAUAAUAUCUAUCAAUUGAAUUCAUAUUUUGGAACAGAAAAUGAUCUAAUUGAUUUUAUUGAUCAAGCACAUCAACGUAACAUUUGGAUUAUGUUAGAUGUUGUUGCAAAUCAUGUUGGACCAAAUGUAACAAAUAAUUAUUUUCCAUUUAAUAAAAAUGAAUAUUUUCAUCAACCAUUAUGUUUUAUUAAAGAUUAUUCUAAUCAAACAGAAGUUGAAUUUUGUUCCAUUGGUGAUGAACAAAGUUCAUUACCUGAUUUAAAUACAGAAAAUAAUUUUGUCAUAUCAACAUUUCUUUCAUGGAUAAAUGAAACAAUACUUAAAUAUAAAUUUGAUGGUAUUCGUGUGGAUACUUUUCGUCAUAUUCGACAAUCAUUUUGGAAAGAAUAUACUUGUUAUGCAAAUGUUUAUUCACUUGGAGAAGUAGCAACAUCAAAUACAUCUUAUGUUGGUUCAUAUCAAAAUGUUGCUGAUGGAAUUCUUCAUUAUCCAUUAUAUUUUGUAUUAAAACAAGUUUUUCAAGAUGAUAAUCAAUUAAGACAAUCAAUGUUUAUUCUUGAAAAUCAAGUUAAAGAAAAUGAAAAAUAUUUUAAAGAUACAACAUUAUGUGGAAUAUUUUUAGAUAAUCAUGAUCAAGAUAGAUUUUUAAAUCAUACACAAAAUUCAAUACGUAUUCAAAAUGCUCUUGUUUAUCUUAUGUUUAGUGAUGGAAUUCCAAUUAUUUAUAUGGGUACAGAACAAAAUUUUACUGGAAAUCCAAAUGAAAAAAAUGGUGCAACAGAUCCAUGGAAUCGUGAACCAUUAUGGAGAUCAUCAUAUAAUCGUUCAACAUGGAUAUAUAAAUAUUUAACUAAACUUAAUCAAAUUCGUUUUUUACUCAAAGAAAAUUAUGGUGAAGAAUUUUUUCUAUCACAUCAACAAACUAUUUAUAUUGAUCAUAAUACAUAUGUUUAUAAAAAAGGUCCACUGAUGGUAAUUGUAUCAAAUCAAUCAUUUCAACAAACGAAAAAUUUUUCAUUAUAUUCAACUAUAAAUUUUAAUCAAUGGAAAGAUUUACUUUCAAAUAAAAUAUAUGAAAUAAAUCAUUAUAAUCAAUUAAAAAUUGAUAAUUGGUUACCACAACUUCUUCUUCCUGUUUCAUCAUUAAUAUUUCCUUUUUGUUCUGCUUGA